UUAGUGGUGUGUGUUUCAGAUGCAGAGUUUCGGAAUACUGGGCUGGAGAGAUCAGAGGCGCUGAAAAAUGAUCUGGAAUGGUUCAGGCAACAGGGCCACACAAUUCCAAAACCAUCGGCCCCUGGCACCACAUACGCUUCUCUACUGGAAGAUCUGUCUGAGGAGGACCCCCAGGCCUUUAUCUGCCAUUUCUAUAACGUGUACUUUGCUCAUACUGCUGGAGGCCGAAUGAUUGGCAAAAAGGUUUCCGAGAAGAUUCUGAACAACAAAGAGCUGGAGUUCUACAAGUGGGAGGGCAAUCUCUCCCAGCUGCUGCAGAACGUCCACAACAAGCUUAACCAAGUCGCUUCGAACUGGUCUCGGGAGGAGAAGGACCACUGCCUGGAGGAGACGGAGAAGUCGUUCUCUUACUCAGGAGGCCCCUUCCGCCAUAUAUUCACCUGA